CAAUAAAUCUGCAAUCAUAUGGUAUGAUCAGUGUAUGUUACGUUACUCUAAUACCAACUUCUUUGGGGUGGCAGAGACUUUCCCAAGGUUGCUCAUGUGGAAUGUCCAAAACACUACCUCACCUGAGGAACCAAACUAUGGGGCACUGGCACUAAUUUACACGUUAAUAGAUUACGUUCCAUCGUCAAAGAUAAUGUUUGGGACAAAUGAAUCAGCAACUGCUAAUGGGUCACAGAAAAGAUAUGCUUUGGUGCAGUGCACUAGAGAUAUUAAUAGCAGUGCUUGUAGUUCGUGUCUGGGGCAAUUGAGUGAUGCUGUCAAAGAUUGUUGCCAAGCAAAGAUUGGUUGGCGUAUUUUAGCCCCAAGCUGCAAUUUAAGGUAUGAGGAGAGACCGUUCUAUCAACCACCAACACCAAGACCAGUGCCCACAGCUCCAGAGCCGGUGCCUGAUAAUGGAAAAGGAGAUAGCAAUACCACAACAAUUGCAAUCGUGGCUGUCGUAGCAUCAAUCUUGGCAGUCGGAGCUCUCUUAGGUUUCUGGUACUAUUUAUGCUACCGCAGGAAGAGAAGAAGACAUACAGGUAGGGAAACAAGCGAAGUAAUUCUACUAGGAAAUUCAGGAGGCUCAAAUCGGAAGCAAUGGAUGGAUGAAGAUAUGCAUGUAAGCAAUGAAGAAAACAAUGGUGAAACGCAUUACUUUAGUUUGACUACCAUUAGAACGGCUACAAGUAAUUUCUCAGAUGCAAACAAGCUUGGAGAAGGAGGUUUUGGCCCUGUUUACAAGGGAAUGUUGCCUAGUGGAGAAGCAAUAGCAGUUAAAAGGCUAUCCAUGACAUCAAAGCAAGGUCUUGAUGAGUUCAGGAACGAAGUGAUGGUAAUUGUCAAACUUCAACACAAGAAUCUCGUGAGACUAUUAGGAUACUGCAUGGAAGGAGAAGAAAAGCUUCUUAUCUAUGAGUACUUGGCCAACACUAGCCUUGAUGCCUUCCUGUUUGAUCCAAAAAGGACUAAGGAGCUCAACUGGGCAAAACGUGCAAACAUCAUAACUGGAACUGCAAGAGGCCUUCUAUAUCUACAUGAAGAUUCUCGACUCAAAAUCAUCCAUCGGGAUCUGAAAGCAAGCAAUGUUUUGUUGGAUGAUGAGAUGAACCCAAAAAUAUCAGACUUUGGCACUGCAAGAAUUUUUGGUGGCAAUCAAAUUGAAGCCAACACUGACAGAGUUGUUGGGACAUAUGGAUAUAUGGCUCCAGAAUAUGCACUGGAGGGAAUAAUUUCAAUUAAGUCAGAUGUAUACAGCUUUGGGAUAUUAAUGCUAGAGAUCAUCAGUGGUAAAAAGAACAGGGGCUUCUACAACCCAGAACGUGCUCCCAGUCUUCUGUUAUAUACCUGGCAACUCUGGAAUGAAGGCAGAGGGAAGGAUUUGAUAGACGAAAAUAUAGUUGACUCUUGUCCUGUAAGUGAGACCUUGAGAUGGAUUCACAUUGCCUUGUUGUGUGUUCAAGAUGAUCCUGCAGAAAGACCUACCAUGUCAUCAGUUGUUCUCAUGCUUGGGAGCAACUCAGUAAACCUUCCCCAACCAUCCACAGCUCCAUACUCUAUGGGUAGAUUUAUGACAUUGUCUGAUCAAUCUUCAACAUCUGGAACUGGAACUGGCUUUCUCACAUCAGAUCAAUCCACAGCUACUGUUUCUAGAUAGUUGAGAGAUUCCUUAGAUCUUUUCCUUCCUUACUAGCCUGCAAAUUUUUUUUACAUACACAUAUGUUCUGUGGAAUGCACUAAUGAAGAUUGUCUUAUAUUUGAAAAACAUGAUUCCUGGCAAAUUAAUCGGCCACCAACAAUGGUUGAUGGGCCGGACCUAUAUUAACCUUAGCCCAUUUGUUUCCA